AUGGCGACACCGACGCACUUGAAGCUCAACACUGGAGACUCGAUUCCAGCAGUCGGCCUAGGAACCUGGCAAGCUGCAGAGGGCGAGGUCGCGCGUGCGGUCCAGCACGCUCUGCAGAAUGGCUACACACACUUGGACUGCGCACUGAUUUACCAAAAUGAAAAGGAGAUCGGCGAGGCUAUCAAGGCGUCUGGUGUCCCCCGCAAGGAUAUUUUCAUCACGAGCAAGGUCUGGAACACCUACCAUUCCAACGUCGCCGAGAGCUUGGAGCAGAGUCUGCGAGAUCUCCAGACGGAUUACUUGGAUCUUUACCUGAUCCAUUGGCCAGUCCGUCUUGUCCCGUCUGCUGCUGAGCCGCUGUUCCCCAAAAACCCCGACGGAUCCCGCGCGGUAGACCGCUCCUGGGACCAGAAGGAGACCUGGAAGCAGAUGGAGGCCCUCUAUCGCUCCGGCAAGGUCAAAGCCAUUGGCGUCUCCAACUUUAGCAUUCCCUAUCUGGAGGAUCUCGCCACCAUCUGGACCGUCGUCCCAGCAGUCAACCAGGUCGAGUUGCACCCUUAUAACCCGCAGCACAAGUUGAAGGAAUGGUGCAACAGCCGUGGUAUCCUUCUCGAGGCCUACUGCCCUCUCGGCUCUACCGGCGCGCCCCUGCUCUCAGACGAGACGGUGACGGAACUGGCCGCAAAGCACGGCGUCUCGCCCGCCACCAUCCUGAUAUCCUACCACGUCAACAAGGGAUCCGUCGUCCUGCCCAAGUCCGUCACGCCCAGCCGCAUCACCGACAACUUGAAGGCCAUUUCCCUCUCAAAGGAGGACGUCGCCGCGUUGGAUGCGCUGGCCGCGAAUGGAAAGCAGAAGCGAAUCAACACUCCCCUCUGGGGGCAUGACCUUGGAUUUGAGGACUGGUACGGACCUAAUAAAUAG